GGCUCGCUGCUGCUGUCGCCGCCGGUGCUGGCGGGACUGGAGGCGGCUGGGUUCCACAGGCCGUCGCCCGUUCAGCUGAAGGCCAUCCCGCUGGGGCGGUGCGGGCUGGAUCUCAUCGUGCAGGCGAAGUCUGGCACCGGUAAAACGUGCGUCUUCUCCACCAUCGCCUUGGAUGCGCUGCUGCUGGACAGCUCGGCCACGCAGGUUCUUAUCUUGGCUCCCACACGAGAGAUAGCUGUGCAGAUUCAUGCUGUUAUCACAACAAUUGGGAUAAAAAUGGAAGGUUUGGAAUGCCACGUCUUCAUUGGAGGGACUCCGUUGAGCCAGGACAAAGUCAGACUAAAGAAAUGCCACAUAGCAGUUGGCUCUCCAGGUCGAAUAAAACAGCUCAUAGAGUUGGACUACUUGAACACUGCCAGUAUUCGGCUCUUCAUUCUUGAUGAAGCAGACAAGCUUCUGGAAGAAGGCAGCUUUCAGGAGCAAAUCAAUUGGAUUUACUCUUCGUUGCCAGCCAAUAAACAGAUGCUUGCUGUUUCAGCUACUUACCCUGAGUCAUUAGCUAAUGCAUUGACAAUGUACAUGAGAGAACCAACGUUUGUGAGGUUGAAUCCUACUGAUCCAAGUCUCAUUGGAUUGAAGCAGUAUUACAAAAUUGUGAAUUCCCAUCCACUUCCACACAAAACAUUUGAGGAAAAAACCCAGCACCUGCAAGAGUUGUUCAGCAAGAUUCCAUUUAAUCAAGCGUUAGUCUUCUCAAAUUUGCAUAGCAGGGCUCAACAUCUAGCUGAAAUACUAACAUCCAGAGGCUUUCCUGCUGAGUGCAUUUCAGGCAGCAUGAAUCAAAACCAGCGGCUUGAUGCUAUGGCUAAACUAAAGCAAUUCCACUGUAGAGUUCUGAUUUCCACAGACUUGACAUCUCGUGGAAUUGAUGCUGAAAAAGUGAAUCUGGUCAUCAAUCUGGAUGUCCCUGUAGACUGGGAAACAUACAUGCAUCGUAUUGGCAGAGCCGGGCGCUUCGGAACUUUAGGCUUAUCUGUGACAUACUGCUGCCGUGGAGAGGAAGAAAACACGAUGAUGAAAAUUGCUCAGAAAUGUAACCUACGGCUUCUUCCUUUACCAGAGCCUAUUCCUCCUGGAAUGAUGGAUCAGUUUGAAGAUGGGGAGGUUGAAGUCAAACCUGUUGUAUACACAGGUGCUUCAGUAAAUUCUGACGCUGUGUGUCUUAAACCAGAAGAACCAGUGCUUCAGCCUGUCCAGGAUAAUUCUGCAGAGGUACCUCAGCCUCAUUCUAAUCUUCCAAUUGGUAAUUCUUCUGUAGAAAAGCCAAAAAAUGCUUUGGAACAAAAGCAGGUGAAAAAGUACACAAAUUCUGCCAAGGUGGAAAAAAGCAGCAGAAACUCCAAAACCUCCAGCUGCAAUACGAAGCAGAAGAAUCAAGAAGAAACUGUCUCCAGAAUGGCUGGGCAGAGUAACACAGAGGUUCCAGAUGAGGAAGCCUUAAAAAGAAAUCUGCCCAGAAUUCCAUGCUUAUCAUCCUUCAAAAACCAACAGAACAGUCCUUGGGACUUUUCAGAGUUUGUUGAAGACUACGAAUACUUUAUUAAAGAAGGGUUGGAGAGAGAUGUUGAAAUUUUAAGAAGCUAUUCAGGCCCAGGAGAUCAACGUGAACUCCCCAGAAAUGGUGGUACAGAGUGGAAAGAGGUGGAACAUAAUAGAGACACGGUAGCAAACGACCUUCUGUCUGAUGACAGUGAUGCUUCAUACAGUUCAAGGGCUUCCUCUCACAGUAGUGGAAAUAACUCAUGCUUUGAAGCAUUUUCAGACAAGCAGGCAAAAAAUGCUGUCCCCACCACCUGUCAGGGUCUUACAGGCUUUUGUCCCACACCAGGGAAGCCGAAGGAGCUAUCACAAGCCCCAAAGCAAAAUCAGGUGAAAAAGAAAGCUCUGAAACAAAAUGCCAAAGAAAAGAAAAAGCAUUCCCAUCAGUACCCUGAUCCUACCCCAAGAAAAACUAGAGAUGACUGCUCCUGUGGCUCUUGGGAUGAUGGUGUUCCUGGCUUUCCUCACGAGGCGUGGAGUUACGAAGACUACUGGAAAUCUUACUAUCAAGCAUGGCAGAACUACUAUGCUGCAGUUUCUCACUUUCACUACAGGAAAAGUUACAGCCACUUGAUGUGGAUGAAUGCUUAUGUCAACUCGGUCUACUUUCAGGAACUGCUGGAAAGCGGUGAUUAAUGUACUGACAUUGUUUGGGUGAAGUAAACUACUGUCUUUUUUCAUAAGCAGGAUGUGUCUAGGUAAAUGUUUUAUAUGCAUUCCAGUAGUGGUGUUACAAGUUGUUAAUAAAAUGAAAUGGCAGACAACUAAAUGUUCAGUUGCAGUCUUUAAAAUAGUAAGUAAACAAAAGGCAAGUCAGUUGCUUCCAUGUAAGGUUGCUUCCACGUAAGAAACCUCAGUAAGGAGAAAAUGUGAAACAAGCCCAGCUUUCUCUACUUGAUUUUCUUCCCUGUGACUUUUGGCUGAAGAUGAAUUCACAGUGAAGCUACAGAAGCUGCUUAUUGUCAGAGAUCAUCCUCUUCUCUGUAAUUCUUAACCAGAGGGCACUGGUAAUAUACCAGUUGAUAGUGGCAGACUAAAGCCUGCAUCUCAAUACCUGUUUUGCUAAUUUAAGUGCAGUUAAUUAACACUGCUUAAAUAACAUUUCUAGAGCUAGAUAAAUGGCAAGCUGUGCAGUUGGGGAUGGUUUAAUGAUGUACGAGGUGUGCAGCUCCUAUAAGUGGCCUUUCCUCAGGGUGCAGGAGUGUCAGACUUGCCAUGCUUACAGAAAAGCUUUAAUUAGAAAGGAAAUUACUUGUUAGUUCUAAAUCUAAUUUGUAUUUCCUGUUUUAGUUGCCCUGUUUUUUUUAUGUAGCUGUCUGGAAGCAGGACAAGAUGAAAGUAGUGGCUGGCUUAGGCUGCUGACACUGGACUGACUUCACACUCAUUUUGGAACUUCAUUUUUAGUAUGUGUGAGAUCACAGAGCCAGAUCUCCGUAGCUAGUUCUAUUGAUUUUUGCUGCGUUCAUCAGAGCAGGUGUGUGAUUUGUUGCUUUUUUCUUCUCAUGGUCAGAGUAAGAUUGAUUGGAAUUCCUUCAGUGAAAGCACUAUUUCCUACCUGCUAUGACUUGCACUUCCAAGGAGGACUUUUUCUUGUAUUUGGUGAAAUGAAUGUCUUCAAGGAUACUUGCUUGCUCACCUCUGGCUACUUCCAAAUCAAUUUUGGGAAAUGCAAUACAUUCUGUGAAUAAAUUUUGUUGCUUGUGAGA